AUGGGAAUUCACUCUUCAAAAGGUGAAGUGUCCAAUGCUUUUGAUACAUACAGCAAGGCCAUCAAAUGUCUUUGUGUCACUCUUUCUACCAUUUAUGAUGAUGUUCUAGCCACAAAUAUCAACCUUGAUCAUAGGGACAUAAUCAUCUCCUUGCAUUUAAACAUUGCGGCUUGUGAAAUCAAAAUAAAUAAGUUGAGCAAAGCCAUUGUCUCAUGUUCUGUGGUUUUGAUGGUUGAUAAGAGAAAUGUGAAAGCCGUAUUUAGAAGGGGCUUGGCCCUUGUAAAGUCCAGAAGCUUGGAGAAGGCGUAUAUUGAUCUACUGGAAGCAAGAGAAAUAGAACCAAAAAAUAAGGAAAUUCUUCAGGAGAUUAAGAGUGUGGAGAAUAUCUUGUUUGGAGAACUCAGAGAUGGUGAUGUUGACUUGGGCAAGAAUCGGCAUGUCAAUGUGCAUUUAGGUGAUGAAGUUCAAAGACUUAAAGGGAGAUACCAACCUCUUCCCAAGCGCCAAGUAGUUCAAAAACUUAUUUUAGUUGUAAUUUGUAAUUUGUAA